GACAAGCGCUGCCGAGGCUCCCGCCCGGUCCUGUCGGUGCCGUUAACCGUCCGCUGCGGUGCGCGUCGUCCUUCUCCCAGCCGGGCCCGUCGGAGAAUGACCCCAGCGAAGGGCAGGUGUUUCUUAGCGAGAGCUGCGUGAAGGUGAGGAUCCUGCGAGGAGCUCGGUUUCUUAGGCUGCAGGUGGAAGGAGGUGGCUGCUCUGGCUUCCAGUACAAGUUUUCUUUGGACACAGUUAUCAAUCCUGAUGACAGGGUGUUUGAACAAGGUGGUGCCCGUGUGGUUGUGGAUGUGGACAGCCUGGCCUUUGUGAAGGGUUCCAUGGUGGACUUCAGCCAGGAGCUGAUCCGAAGCUCCUUCCAGGUGGUGAGCAACCCCCAGGCAGAGAAGGGUUGCUCAUGUGGGACUUCCUUCUCUGUCAAAUUCUGA